AUGGGUCGCAAUAAGGCAAAUGCCAAGAAGGCUGGGGGAUCGGGAGCCGGCAAAGCAGCUGGUGCUGGAGCAGGCGCAACAAAGCCGGCAAUAAAUAAAUCGAAGAAAGCCAAGAACCUGUUUAAGGUCAACAAUGCCAAGAGCAACAAAAAGAAACCAAAGGAAGUGCAGGGCAAGUUGAAGCAGAUCAAAGAGACUGUCAAGUCCAAGCAGGAGAAGGUAGAUGCCACGCUUAAGGAACUGCACAAGGAUAUGGUCGUGAAGAAGCCAAAGCCUUCAGUGCCGUCGAUUAAAAACAGCAGAAAGCCACCGGCUAAUACCACAAAAGUCUCGGAUUCGCUGGGCAAGCUCAAGUUCUGAGCCUAGAUUAGUUCUUGUCUUAUAGAAAACUGUUAAUUCUGCUAGUUCAAAUGAUUAUUCAAAUAUAUUUUAGAUAUAUUGACA